AUGGCGCACCCACGAGCCUGUUUUUCCCUUCCAACACGAUCAUUUCUCUCAAGACGAGCGCGUUGCAAUAUAACGCUCCUACAAUCUGUGCGCACACCAUGUCUUGCAAGAUACAGAUUCUUGAGCACCGGCACCGGUGCCAAUCCCGCGCCGCCCAAUGAUAUUGCUACCCCAGAGGAGUCGUCACCGGACCUGUCGCAUUUGGACCCCCCUCCAGAGGACUAUUCACGAUUCAUUUUCCAAGAUAAAUGUCGGGUCACAAUGCAUGCCGGAUCUGGUGGACACGGCUGUGUCGCAUAUCUGCGCGAGAAAUAUGUCGAGGAGGGACCACCAUGCGGUGGCGAUGGCGGCAGCGGAGGAGGCAUCUACAUCCAGACUGUGGAGGGAUUGACCAGUCUCCACAAAUUGGCUCGCAGAGGCAUUGUCCGAGCUAGUCGCGGUCGAAAUGGACAGGGAAAAAGCAAGGGCGGAAAACGAGGCGAUGAUGUGCUUCUUCAAGUUCCCGUUGGCACCGUGGUGCGAGAAGUGAGCCGCUACGACCCGGUUGAUGAGGCUUGGGCUCGCAUCAGGGAAGAGGAGAUGGAAACUAUAAAUUCUAAAGAGGAGAAAGAAGUGUGGGGUGACCCCGAUACCCCUGAAGCUGAAGCUGAGAAUGAGAAUGAGCAUGACGGCCUCCAAGAAUCAGAGGAGCCGGAAUUCAACUCCAUUCGACACGACCGCUGGGUGCUGCACCCGUCAGCAAAGCCGUCCGAUUUCCUCAUGGUGGAAUUCCCGAAGUCAUACCCGCGUCGGCAAAAUAUCGCAGCUAUGGAGCCCAAGGCGCCCAUUUGGCUCGAUCUUUCAAAACCCAUGGACAAACCUAUGCUUCUAGCUGCCGGUGGUGCCGGUGGACUAGGAAAUCCACACUUCUCUACAAGGUCUAUGGGACGACCUAAAUUUGCCGGGAAAGGAGAAGGGGGCAUGAUGCUUGAGCUUGACUUUGAGCUCAAGAUUCUGGCGGAUGUCGGACUCGUUGGCAAGCCCAACGCGGGCAAAAGUACGCUCCUCCGCUCCUUGACCAAUAGCCGAACACGCAUUGGGAACUGGGAGUUUACGACUCUCUCUCCACACAUUGGCACGGUGAUCACCGAUGACAUGAAGGGUCGUCCACUCGUGGCGUCGAAGCACCGCCGCACCCACUUCACCAUCGCGGACAUUCCUGGUCUGGUAGAAAAUGCCCACCUGGACCGGGGGCUAGGACUUGGGUUCCUUCGACACAUUGACCGAGCCGGAAUCUUGGCCUUUGUCGUUGACCUCAGCGUUGGCGAUCCCGUAGAAGAGUUGCAGAAGCUAUGGCACGAACUCGGAGAGUACGAGCGAGUCCGCGAUGCGAAUCCCGACGAAGGCCCCGAUGACGAAAAUAAGAUUGUCGAAUGGAACCCCUUCACAGAGGAAAACGAGUCGGACGAACGCCCGUGGAAGGCGGACGGUGAUGAGCCCGCCAGACUGGCACCUAAUGCAAGCCCCGACGGGACCUUGCCCCCUUUGGCUAUGCCCCCCGUGCAUACGAAGCCUUGGUUCGUUGUGGCUACCAAGGCAGACUUGGAGAACACACAAGAGCAAUACCGCGCCCUCCAGCGGUAUCUGUCUCGUGUCCAGGAUGGGUCAAUCGAGCACCCCUCCGGUCAUGCCAAAGCAUGGACGGAGAAAGUGUGCGCUGUCCCCGUCAGUGCCAAAAAGGGUGAAGGUGUAUCUCGGAUUCCCCAGUUGGUGAUGGAUCUUCUGGAGUGA